AAAACCUGCGCGUGGCAGGGCGUCUGCUCCAUUACCCGGACCCCGGGGUGGGCGGGGGGGCAGGUUAAAUAGACUCGCCCUGGCGUGGAGUCUCCGCAACUGCCUCCAUCUCCCGGCCGAGCUGGAAGUGCCGUCCGCAGCCAGAGAAGCCAGCCUGGGGCCCUUCGUCCGCUAGGAGGGAGCCCGCGGGGCGACCGGACAAAAGCCGGGAGUUCGUCGGUGGAGCGUGGGAAGCGGGUUCCUUGGCGUCUUACGUUAGCCAGCCUGGCCCAGCGGCGCCAGAAGGAUCGGAUGAGCGUUAUGGAAGGAAGGUACCGACAGAACCACACUACAGCAAGUGGUCGCCCAACUAAAGUGGACGCUCCUGACCACGUCCUAUACACUGUAGGCUCUUGUGUUCUGGCCAUUGGUUGUGUUGGAAUUAUAGGAAAUCUCCUUGUCCUCUAUGCAUUUUACAGCAACAAGAGGCUGAGGACACCUGCAAAUUAUUUCAUCAUGAAUUUAGCUGCAAGUGACUUUCUGAUGUCUGCAACUCAAGCUCCAGUCUGCUUUUUCAACAGUAUGCAUAAGGAGUGGGUCCUUGGAGACGCAGGUUGUAACUUCUAUGCUUUUUGUGGAGCACUCUUUGGAAUAACCUCAAUGAUGACCUUGUUAGCUAUUUCGGUGGAUCGCUACUGUGUGAUUACGAAGCCUCUCCAGUCCUUAAAAAGAAGUUCAAAGAAACGUUCUUGUAUAAUCAUUAUAUUUGUCUGGCUUUACUCACUGGGUUGGAGUGUAUGUCCAAUAUUAGGGUGGAGUUCCUAUAUCCCAGAAGGUUUGAUGAUAUCCUGUACAUGGGACUAUGUAAGCUAUUCUCCAGGAAACAGAAGUUACACCAUGUUGCUAUGUUGGUGUGUGUUCUUCAUUCCUCUUAUGAUAAUCUUCCAUUGCUAUUUAUUCAUGUUCCUUACCAUCAGAAGUACAGGCAGGAAUGUUCAGAAAUUGGGAUCCAGCUCUAAACGGAAAAAGUCAAGCUCACAGAGCAUAAAGAAUGAAUGGAAACUGGCAAAGGUUGCGUUCGUAGCCAUUGUGGUUUACGUUGUAUCCUGGUCACCGUAUGCUUGUGUCACUCUGAUUGCAUGGGCUGGUUAUGCCAAGAUUUUAACUCCAUAUUCUAAAUCUGUGCCUGCUGUUAUUGCCAAAGCUUCAGCAAUUCACAAUCCCAUAAUUUAUGCUAUUAUUCACCCAAGUUACAGGAAAACCAUUCGAAGAGCUAUUCCUUGUUUGAGAUUUCUCAUACGAAUAUCUCCAAACGAACUUUCCACAAGUCUUGCAAAUUCUUCCUUCCGGUCUUCUAUGUCUAGUCGUGUCUCUUUCGUGUCUAAGAACAAAACCAAUGACAUUGCUUCCAUUUCUGCUAUGGAAAAAACUUGGAAUGAUGUAGAGCUUGAUCCUGUGGAAACAGUCCAUACAAAAUUGCAGCUACCUGAAAGUAAUUCUUUUUCAACAAAUGCAGAAGAAAAAAGUGAAUUGACCACAAAUGCCCUGAGCUGUGAUGCACCAAUUGAAGAAAAGUUUUCAGUAUCUCCCAUCUGUCCAGAAGAACCACUCGAAAGAUGCCUGAAACUAAAUGCUCCAGAACUGCUCCUCUUAACCAGCUCCUUGAGAGCAUUCUCUCUUCCAUUUGACUUGAAUGCUAGCAGCAGAGGAGAGAGCAUGGACAGCUCUCUAGCAGAAAUCCACGAAGACCAAAUAAAUAGUAGCCAGGAUUCCUUGGAAACGCCCAUUCUUCCACACAUCAUUAUCAUUCCUACCUCAGAAUCUACUCUGUCUGAAGAGCAAUCUUUGACCGAAAACACAGAGGAAGAAAACAUUGGUCUGUACUCUGCUCCAGACAAGAACUACCUGUUACUCAAAGAAAGGCUUCAUUCAUCUACUGGACCAGUUGAGACGCUUGUAUCAUAAGCUUGGCUGUUUCUUUGACUAAUGAUACUAAAAACAAAAAGUGCCGAAUGGUUUAAAUGAAACAUUUAUCCAUGCAAUGCUGAGGUCGUUUCUGAACUCUAUGCACUUUGUGGAAGCCAACUGCAACAAUAGGGCAGUCAAAGCAGUCAAAGCUUAUAUAACAUGCUUAUCAACAAAAACCACCUAGUAAAUAUGUCUUUAUAUAAUUGGAAUAAAUGUUCAUGCUUCCAUUACUUUAACUGGAAUGCUUAACAUAUGACUGUCCUAUCACCAAAUUCCAAGAAAAAGUGUUAAGAGCAUAUGUAGCUACUAAUUUUAGCCUGCACACAAUUUGUGACUUAAUCCUUCCUCGGUUCAGUUAUCAGCUGAAAGAUGAUGAGUCAGAAGGACAUGUAAGAGCAGGGAUCUCCAACCUUGGCAACUUUAAGACUUGUGGACUUCAACUCCCAGAAUUCCUUAGUCAGCUUUGCUUGUGGAUUUCAACUCCCAGAAUUUGCUGGCUGAGGAAUUCUGGGAGUUGAAGCCCACAAGCAAAGCUGACUAAGGAAUUCUGGGAGUUGAAAUCCACAAGUCGCCAAGGUUGGAGACCCCUGUGUUAGAGAACAUGCAGCUCCUUAACAAUCAGUAACUUGCUGACAUUUUAUCCUAGUAAAAUAGUUAAUUUGUCAUUUGUCCUGAAAUUGAAAUGCAACACAGAAAUUGAUUUGAAAAUGGAUGUAUUUAAGGAAAAAUUGAUGCAUUUAAAGUUUAUUUUAAAUUUUAACUAUCACAGUCAUCUAUGUCUUACUGACCUGCCAUCCUCACAAUAUAUAUUUGUAUGAGUAUAUUUUUGUUGUUGUUAUUAAAAUCCAUUUACCUUUG